GCUUUGAGUAAAGUUACUCUCAUAUCAGAUCACCGACGUCACAUGGUCAACAGAUCAUCAUCCCCUUUCAUUUUGUCUUCUCGCACCUCCUCACUUUUAUAUGUUUUUAAUUUCAUUAAUUAUUCUCCUUUCAAUAAAUUAAAAUUAUACCAGUAGUCUUUUGUUAGUCGUAUUAACUUUGCAAUGCAUAUACUAUUAUAGCUUUUAUUUAAAUUCAAUAAAUACAAGUGAAAUAACUCCCAUAUUAAAAAAAAAACACACAUUGGGAUUUUCAGAAAUAUUCAGUAUUUCACUGUUUGUUUGGGACUAGUCAACUUUCACACUGUUUUCACGUCCUCUUCUUUCCAACAAAAUUAAACAUUCUGUUUCCAAAAUGAAAAUCCCCACUCCACCGGAGACCUCAAAACUUCAAAACUUAUACUCCUAUAGAGAAAAUAAAAACAUGUUUGUUUCCCAACACACAUAUUAUGCAUAACUCCAAUAUUCUUGGAACUUUUUUAUCACCUCGUAUAACUUUAACGCAAGCAUGUCACAACCAUAGCAAUGGAGCUUACAACAACAAAAAAACACUAACAUGAAAAUAAACCCGGCCCACGUUGUCGAACCAGAAUGCCAUCAUCACCAACAACUAACCAAAGCUCCCUCACGUCUUCAAAACAACAAUUUACACACUAUGCGCAAGUUAGCCUCACCCCACACAACCACGUAAUAAUAAGCAUCCACACAAACUCAACUCUUUCUCUCUCUCCCGCUUCCUUCUUCCCUCUUCCUUUCUCUCACUAAAAAAUUUCAUACACUUUUCAUAAAAAUACAAAAUAACUUUGCAAUCUCUUAAAAAAAAAACCCGAUAUAAAAACAAUGUUUACUACGGUUUUUUGUCUUGUAAACUUCUCUCUGUCUCUUUUCCGAAGCAGUUAGAGAGAGAGUGUUUACCCGAAGAACAGAUCCCUAUUUCUUCAUUUCUCUGCUCAUUCGAUCUUCUCCUUCAGGGUUUAUCACUUCUCAACUUCGGACUUCAAUUUUCCUUUCUCCACUUUUCUAAGCUUUGAUUUUAACCGACUUUUGCUUCAAUUUUGAAGAGAGGAAUGAUUAUCAAGCGGGAGUUGAAAUCUCAAAUGCCGCGUUUGAAACGGUGUAGACUCGGUGACUCGGUUGGAGAAGAUGAAGACUGCUCUUAUGCUUCUAAGAAGAGGAAGACGAGCGGUUAUUAUUAUCCUUUGAAUCUUUUAGGUGAUGUUGCUGCCGGUUUGAUUCCGGCGAGUUUUCACGGUUUGUUGAGUGCUGGUGUAUCCGAGAGGUCGUGGUGCACUCAAGUUCCGUGCUCCCCCGGUGAGGUUGAGUCGAAGGAGGAGGUGGUUCCGGUGAAGAAAAGUCAGGUUCAGCGACCGCCGCUGGUUCGAACUUCGAGAGGGCGAGUUCAGGUUCUUCCUUCUCGUUUUAAUGACUCUGUUAUUGAUAAUUGGAAGAAAGAUGGGAAAACCACCUCUCGUGAUUGUGAAGUUGAAGGUGAAUUUGAAUGCAAGAAGGACAAGGUAGUAACCAAAACUUGCAAUAACAAUGUUAGGAAAGGGCGUAACAGUGGGAAAAUUUGUUAUAAGCAGCGCAAGUAUUCGGCAUUGUGUGAGGACGAAGAUUUUACCGUGAGUGGGAGGCGUAAGAGUUUUGGUAGAAGGAAGGAUUCAGCUUUGGAUGAUGAUGAAGAUGAUUUGGGGAUGGGUGGGGAUGAAAUAGUUGGUUUGAAGGAGAAUAGUGAAGAGAAGAAAGAUGGGUUAUAUGGGCCAGAAGAUUUUUAUGCCUGUGAUAUAGUGUGGGCCAAAGCUGGGAGGAAGGAACCUCUUUGGCCAGCUGUUGUUAUUGAUCCUACGAAACAAGCACCUGAGUUGGUCCUAAGGUCUUUUAUAGCCGAUGCUGCAUGUGUCAUGUUUCUUGGUAAUGCUGGGAAUGAAAAUCAAAGGGACUAUGCAUGGGUGAAGCAUGGCAUGAUCUUUCCAUUUAUGGAUUAUGUUGACAGGUUUCAAGAGCAGCCUGAGUUGAGUAACUAUAGUCCCUCUGACUUCCAAAUGGCAAUAGAGGAGGCAUUUUUGGCUGACCAAGGCUUUACAGAGAAGUUGAUAGAUGAUAUAAAUGCAGCAGCUUGUGCUACUGUUUAUGAUGAUAAUAUUCUGAAAUCCUCCUUCCGGGAGAUCUGUGGUUCAAACCAGUAUGGAAGAGCAGGAAAGCAUUUUCUGAACCAGGAUUUAUGUGAAGCGUGUGGAUUGACACUUUCUUACAAGAUGUCAAAGAAAACGAAUGGUUUGACUCCUAAUGGUCAACUCCUAUGUAAGACAUGUGCAAGGUUAACGAAAUCAAAACAUUACUGUGGCAUAUGCAAGAAAGUUUGGAAUCAUUCGGAUAGUGGAAGCUGGGUGCGCUGUGAUGGAUGUAAAGUGUGGGUGCAUGCCGAAUGUGACCAGAUUUCUAGAAACCAUUUCAAGGAUCUUGAAAGCACCGAUUAUUACUGCCCCACAUGUAGAGGCAAGUUUGACUUUGAGUUAUCUGAUUCAGAAAAAUCGAAGACAAAAGUCAGAUCAAACCGAAACAAUGGGCAGCUUGUGCCUUCAAAUAAGGUGACUGUUCUCUGCAAUGGUGUGCAAGGCAUAUAUUUUCCAAGCCUACACUUAGUUGUGUGCAAGUGUGGUUUUUGUGGGACAGAAAAGCAAGCUCUUAGCGAAUGGGAACGGCACACCGGUUCCAAAUUAAGAAAUUGGAAAACAAGUAUUACUGUGAAAGACUCUAGGCUACCUUUGGAACAAUGGAUGCUGCAGGUUGCCGAAGUUCAUGCUAAUGCUCUAGUUUCUGUCAAACCUAAAAAACCUUCUUUAAAAGAAAGGAAGCAGAAGUUGCUUACCUUCUUGAAAGAGAGGUAUGAACCUGUUUAUGCUAAGUGGACUACAGAGCGUUGUGCUGUUUGCAGAUGGGUUGAAGACUGGGACUACAAUAAAAUCAUCAUAUGCAACAGAUGUCAAAUAGCUGUUCACCAAGAAUGCUAUGGAGUAUUAAAUGUUAAAGACUUUACAUCUUGGGUCUGUAAGACCUGCGAGACACCUAAAAUCAAGCGGGAGUGUUGUCUUUGUCCUGUAAAAGGUGGUGCUCUAAAGCCAACAGAUAUUGACACAUUAUGGGUUCAUGUCACCUGUGCUUGGUUUCGACCUGAAGUCUCGUUUGCUAGUGAUGAGAAAAUGGAACCUGCUUUGGGCAUUCUAAGUAUUCCAUCAAAUUCUUUUGUGAAGAUUUGUGUUAUUUGCAAGCAAAUUCAUGGUUCCUGCACACAGUGCUGCAAAUGCUCCACUUAUUUCCAUGCCAUGUGUGCAUCAAGGGCUGGUUACCGAAUGGAAUUGCAUUGUUCGAAGAAAAAUGGGAAGACAAUAACAAAAAUGGUUUCAUAUUGUGCUUACCACAGAGCUCCAAAUCCUGACAAUGUUUUGAUUUUGCAAACCCCUCUUGGGGUCAUUUCAACCAAAAGCCUUCUUCAAAAGAAAAAAAUUGGAUCAAGGUUAAUCUCAUCUAACAGAAUAAAGCAAGAAGAGACUCCUAUUGAUAUCACUGAGCAUGACCCCUUCUCUGCUGCUCGGUGUCGUAUCUUUAAAAGAACAAAUCAUACCAGAAAGAGAGCUUCUGGUGAAGCAGUUUUUCAUCAAGCGAGGGGUCACUGCCACCACCCUUUGGAUGCGAUACAGAGUUUAAAUGCAUACCGAACAGUGAAGGAGCCUCCAUCUUUCUCUUCUUUCAGAGAACGACUUUACCACUUACAGAGUACCGAAAAUGAACGGGUUUGCUUUGGUAGAUCUGGCAUACAUGGAUGGGGCCUCUUUGCACGUAGAAAUAUUCAAGAAGGAGAAAUGGUUCUUGAAUAUCGCGGGGAACAAGUGAGACGCAGCAUUGCUGAUUUGAGGGAGGCACGCUAUAGAGCAGAAGGGAAAGACUGCUACCUGUUUAAGAUAAGCGAAGAAGUGGUGGUAGAUGCCACUGAUAAAGGGAAUAUAGCACGACUAAUCAACCAUUCUUGCAUGCCAAAUUGCUAUGCAAGGAUCAUGAGUGUGGGAGAUGACGAGAGCCGGAUUGUACUCAUUGCUAAAACCAACGUAUCUUUUGGUGACGAGUUAACUUAUGACUACUUAUUUGAUCCUGACGAGCCAGAUGAAUUUAAAGUCCCCUGCAUGUGUAAAGCUUCGAGUUGCAGGAAAUUCAUGAAUUAGGAAAAGAUUAUACAAAAUGAAAUGAAGAUGAUAGGACAACAAAUAUUGUAUCUUCUCCUUGAGGAGCAAGCACUAACCCACCCCUUCUACAGGGAGAAUCUCACAGUUACACCAAAGCUGUAGUUUUUAUCAAACCAAAACUAGGGACAGAAAGAAAAAAAAAAAAAAAAAAAAGAGCAUAUAUUUUGUGUGUUUUUAUUUUCCCUUUGGAUUUCCUUUGGACAUUCAUUGAGGUCUAAUAAAAGUUAUUAAGAUUUAGCAGCAUUUGGCUCUUGGCAUCUCUGUAAAUGUAUCAGCCAGAUAUUAGUUUUAUUUACCUAAAUUUAAUGUUAACCAAUUUCUUCC